AAACACACGAAAAUACGAGGGGGAGAAAAGAGGAACCACAACUCUCGAUUCCCCUCCACAAAUUUCAAAAUGGCGUUAUCCGAAACCUAUUUCUUCUCCAAUUCUUCCCCUACCUUCCUUUAUUUCUCUCUAAAUCUUUGUCAAUCCUGAUAAUCCUCAGCAAACUUCUAAAACCAUGUUAGUAAAUCUCUCUUCCUCUUCUUUUUCUGUCAUUAAAUUAGCGAAGUUAAAGUCCCCCUUCUCAGAUUUUUCAGUCAAGUCUAGAACCCACUUCUCUAAAUCCUUAUCUUCUUCUUCUUCUUCUUCUUCUUCUUCAUUUUGUCAUUCUUUCCCGUUGUCUGACCUCAGUUUCAAGAACAGACACCAAAUUUUCUGGGACAAGACCAAAAUCCCAUGUCGGAGGAAUGGCGAUUUCAGGCUGUGGGCUUUUGCCGGAAUCGAUAUUGGAAGUGCUCAGUCGGUACUCGAGGCGGCGGCGGUGUUGACGGCUAUCAUUGUUGUGCACGAGAGUGGCCACUUCCUCGCCGCCUGUUUACAGGGCAUUCAUGUAAGUAAAUUUGCAAUCGGUUUUGGUCCAGUUCUUGCAAAAUUCAACAAAAACAAUGUAGAAUACUCCAUUAGGGCUUUUCCCCUCGGUGGAUUUGUGGGUUUUCCUGAUAAUGAUCCUGAAAGCGAUAUUCCAGUAGAUGAUGAAAAUUUGCUUAAAAAUAGACCGAUAUUGGAUAGAGUGUUGGUGAUUUCUGCUGGUGUUAUUGCCAAUAUAAUCUUUGCAUACAUAAUUAUCUUAGUUCAAGUCUCGUCCGUUGGUUUGCCAGUUCAAGAGCCUUUUCCAGGCGUUCUUGUGCCUGAGGUUCGAACUCUUUCAGCUGCUUCUCGUGAUGGCUUGCUUCCUGGGGAUGUGAUUCUAGCUGUUAAUGGAAAUGAACUGCCAAAAUUGGGUUCUACUGCAGUUUCUGAUCUUGUUGAGGCAAUUAAAAGAAGCCCCAAUAGAACUGUGCUUCUUAAAGUUGAAAGAGGGAAACAGGAUCUUGAAAUUGGGGUCACCCCAGAUGAGAGUUUUGAUGGAACAGGGAGAAUUGGGGUUCAGCUUUCACCUAAUGUAAAGAUUUCAAAAGUUGUAGCAAAGAAUUUCUUGGAGGCUUUUAACUACUCUAGAAAGGAAUUUUUGGGUCUUUCAUAUAGUGUUCUGGAUAGCUUGAAACAAACUUUUCUUAAUUUCUCUCAGUCAGCCAGUAAGGUUUCUGGUCCUGUGGCCAUUAUUGCUGUUGGUGCAGAAGUUGCGAGGUCCAACAUUGAUGGGCUCUAUCAAUUUGCUGCUGUGCUUAACAUUAACCUUGCUGUUAUAAACCUUCUGCCCUUGCCUGCUUUGGAUGGCGGUUCAUUGGCUUUGAUCCUCAUUGAGGCUGUAAGGGGAGGGAGGAAGUUGCCUCUAGAACUCGAGCAGCGAAUUAUGUCAUCUGGGGUCAUGUUCGUUGUACUUCUCGGGCUGUUCCUCAUCAUCAGAGACACGUUAAACCUUGAAUUUAUAAAGGACUUGUUAUGAUCAGCCUCUGCUCAACUCGACAAAUGGUUACUGUUGGUUUGUCAGGGUAAACUCUGUUGAAACUGUAAAUGCUUGACUUGUUGAUUCUAGUGCUGGGUUGUGGUUUUAGAGCUCAUAAUGCUUUCAUAUUGUUGGAUUCAGCUGAUAUAGAGAUAAGAGACUGAGAUCAUUUAUAACAUAAUGGAACCCACAUUGGUCUAUUCUUAUCAGCUUUGUACUCCCUUCAAAUCAACAAGUCAAAUAAUACAAAACAACUUAUUUUUGUGCA